AUGGCGUCGACCGAGCCCCUGGCCCUCCUGCUGCUCGUGGCUCUGUCCACGACGAUGGCCAUGCCCGCCGCCGGAGAAGGCUCCUGCAACGGCCACAAGGUGACGGUGCAAAACCUGUGCGGCCACGACCUGACCCUGGGCAUCGAGGCGCGCUCCAACAGCAAGCCGCUCUUCCCCAACGGGUAUCUGCUCCCCAGCGGGAAGCACGAGUCGUUCGACGUCUGCGCGUGGACAGGGAGCGUGUCCGCGCAGGGCGCCGCCGUGGCCGAGUUCCACAUGGACCAUGAGGGCGGGGCGUACUACGAGGUGAGCACCAACCAGGCGAGCAUGUCCGUCCGCGUUUCGGUCACCCCGCACGGCAGCCCGCUGCAGGGGCACUGCCCCACCGCUGGGUGCGACACCGGCAACCACUGCUUUGAGCACUCCGUUCCCGGCGGCAACUGCCACGGCGUCACCGAGAUCAAGAUCGUCUACUACAACCCAUAGGUCCAUGUCGAUCGACCGCCUACCUAGCUGCUUGCUGCACUUACUAUAGCUACUCUUUAAUGUUGCAGCUAAGCUCGAUCGUAAGCAAAUAUCUAUUGUGUGUACGAGGUUGUACCGGAGAGGUGACUUUUAGGACCAUGGUUCAACCGAACCUAUGGACCAUGGUCCCAUACAACAUUCUUGGGUUGUACCGUCAUCAGUCGUGUACCAUAUAUCUGAUUUGCAAUU